AUGGCGAUCCGCUACCCGAUGGCCGUGGGCCUGAACAAAGGCCACAAGGUGACCAAGAACGUGGUGAAGCCACGCCAGUGCCGACGCCGUGGGCGGCUGACCAAACACACCAAGUUUGUCCGCGACAUGAUCCGGGAAGUGUGUGGCUUCGCCCCCUACGAGAGGCGCGCGAUGGAGCUUCUCAAGGUCUCCAAAGACAAGCGAGCUCUGAAGUUCAUCAAGAAAAGGGUGGGCACGCACAUCCGCGCCAAGAGGAAGAGGGAGGAGCUGAGCAACGUCCUGGCGGCCAUGAGGAAAGCAGCCGCCAAGAAGGACUAG